GUAGUUAUUAUUUUUAUAUCUGGCAACGCUCAGUUUCAAGUCGGUCUCGUAAUACAAGUGUGACUUUUACGUUUAUUUUUUUAAUUUCUGUGCGAAAUUAUAAAAUGUAUACUGUCUCAAAAGGCCCUAGCAAAAUAGUAGCCAAAACCCGAAGAGGCCUCUCACAGAAUUUAGAAAGAUUGGAUAACCGCAAAGAUCAUAACAGGAAAUCUUCAGAGUCCGAUAAUGGAGAAAUCAUCAACAUGCCCAAACCAGUAUUUCAUUCCAAUGGCAAAAAGACAGUGCAUCAAAGAAUACAGCACCAUGUGAUCACACCGCAGCAUGAGGAAAUCAUUAGAUACAUAAGUGAAACCUGGACACAAACAGCCUAUGGUGAAAGUGAACCAACGACUCCUACUAGUACAAUUGCGUCAGAGUCCGGCAGUUCCUCUCCAGCUCCACCAUCAAACCUCUACUAUCAGGAUGAGACGCCCAGUCCAAUUCUGCGGGACUUCAAGCCUUUCGACUUGGAAACGUGGUGGGGAAAAAGGCUUUUCCAAAAUAUCACAAAUUCACUUUGAACAAUUUGACGACUGACUCCAAACACUAUUGUUUGCGAUAGCGUAAGUCACAAUCAUCUGCAGUUUACUAAAUUUUGUAAAAUAGUAAAAAAAUAAAAUAAAAAAAAAACGAAACACUUUUAUACAGUAUGUAAAAUUGCUAAAAAGUAGAAUUUAAAUCCUAAAAUAACGCUUUAUAAUAGUUAAAUACAAAUCUCAUAUAAAUAAGUACUUUUAAUGUUUACAUUAAUUUUAUAAAUUGAGAGAAAAUAAUUGGAAAACACUACAGAGAUUUAGUAAUCUUCAGUUGGUUGUGGAUCUCAAUGGGUAUUUCAUAUCUUAAGUGAAAAUUUCUAAACGCUCAAUAUAUAUGCAGCUGAAACUAUGUUUACGCGAACCAAUAUUCUUUAAGAUUGUUGUGUUUUAAAAUUUUUACUAUUUUUGUUGUCAAAUGAUUAAGUAGAUUAAUGAAUUCAAAGAAAAUACGCAAUCUGAUACUAGCCGUUUGCUUCGAGUUAACCAAUGAAGACCAUAACUAAAUUACAUCAUAGACAUGAACUGGUACUGUCAGUAUAGAAAUAUUGAUUGUAUUUUUACUCGAAUUAACUUUUCCUUAAACAUUGCGAGUUUAUAUUUUAAACAAAAAUAUAUGAAAGUUGAUAAAACUACAUUUAAUACUAUAUAUGGUUAAAUUAAAAUAAUCGACUGUUCAUAAUGUAACGGAAGUUAUAAAAGCGACUAGUGUGGACAGAUGGACGCGAUGUCGUUGCUGACGUUACUCAAAAGAUCUGCCUAGACGUGCUAUGCGGUGAAGCGGGAAGAGUGGUAAAGGUCAACAAGCAAACGCCUAGUAAAAGUUUAGAAACCAAAGAGUUACUGCACUAGAAAGUUUAUCAAUUACUUAUUUUCAUAGUUGAUUAGUUACAAAAUGAUAAUGCAUUUUGCAUUUAUGUACUCUUUAUGUUGCCUGUUACAGCUUAUAUACUUAUAACUCACAGACUACAAAAGUGGACUACUUUUGUAGUCUGUGAACAACAAGGAGUUCAAUUUUUUUUAUUUAGACAUUUAUCAUUGAGAUGUUUGUUAUUAAAAAUAUUAUCAAUUUUCAAACAAUUAGUUUGUUAUGAAAUGCAAUACUGUUAUUAUAUUGAUUAUAAAUGUUGAAUAAUUCAUCCGUUUUGUAUCAAAUUUUAUUUGUUAUAACUAUACUUUUUUAUUUGGAAAAUUUUACAAAAUUACAGUUCUCAGCCUUUUCAAAAAUGUGCAAUAAUUAAAAUAUUAAGGUAACCUUAAAUUUGACGC